CAGUGAACAAACCCAAGUGUGCACUAGAGCCAACUGGCAUCGCUAGUUCUAUAAGUGUCGCUGUAACCAGUCCAGCCAAAGAUGAGUAGAGGAAAAAUAACGCCCGGCGCUCGAAAAAAACAACAAAAAUAUCAAUCGCAUAACUUGUCAUGUCCCGUCCAGUAGGUAGGUAGGAUGGCGGCAACGGCAAAACAAAUUCCUCCACAAUAUUCCAUUACAACUCUCUUCGUCGCUGGUGUCGCCGCAGAGCGAUCGCUCGCUUCCCUGUCGUCAUAUCCCAAAUGGCGACAGAUUCAAACAAUGAAGCCGAGGCCUAUGACCGCGGCUGGCUUCAGGUCUAAACAAAAGAAACGAAACAAAAGAACCGGAUUCCACCAAGUCCAAACUUUUAUCUUCCGUAACCUGAAUGUGCCCUUCAUGUAUCGGACCACUCAUGUACUCGUUCGUGUGUGCUGCUUGCGCGGCGCAAAUGUGUAUUUCAUAACGACAGGUGACGGAGAGAAAGCGCAUACGAAUUGCGCUCAUCCCUCCAUUACAUCUUCUCUCACUUGUCGUAUCAACUCUCUCCUCUGCUCUGGGGUAUCUCUAAAAAGUGGAAAUAGCGGAGACAGAAAAAUAGUAUGGAAAGCCCUUCUCGCCCCCGUAAUGCGGAAACUGCCCUGAGGCUCAAAUAAUAUGACAGUAGUAACACAUAGGAAACUCCGGGAAGGGAAGUCCGUGGGAUAAAAAAGCCUGUAAUAGGUCCCGGUGGUGGUACACGAUGGUAGGAAUCCAUCUUGUUCGAGGGUUGAGUUU